CUGCACGCGAGCCUUACAAAACGUCACGAGUUACAUGGACGGUCAUGGGGAAGCAAAACAGUAGUUAGCUAGCGGCAGCCACUGCAAUUACUGCACGUAUUUAGCCACGGCUGGAGCGGCGCGCUAGCGGAGGCCACCAUGGCCAACAUCACCAAGAAAGUGUCGUGGUCCAGCAGAACUGACGAGUCCGGGGCAGCCGGGGAGGACACGCCGCUGCUUAACGGUUCCGAGCCGCCCAGACGCUCCAGACAGCUGUCUGAAGGAGAUGGUAUAUUUCAGAUAGGCAGACUCAGCACAGUGGAUUUGGAAGAGGAGAUAACAUCCGAUGAGGACUCUCUUAGAGCGCGGCCCAAAGAGAUCCCUCACAAUGAGAAGCUACUGUCACUCAAAUAUGAGAGUCUGGAUUAUGAUAAUAUUGAGAACCAACUGUUUCUUGAAGAGGAACGGAGGAUGGGUCACAUGAAUUUCCGCUGUCUGGAGAUCAGUCGCUGGGUAAUCUGUGGCCUGAUUGGUUUUUUCACCGGCCUCGUCGCCUGUUGCAUAGACAUCGUGGUGGAAAUUCUGGCUGGGUACAAAUAUAAAGAAGUCAAAGAGAACAUAGAGAAGUUCACAGAAGCAGGCGGCCUGUCUAUUUCUCUUCUCCUCUGGGCCGUCCUCAAUUCAGCCUUUGUCAUGGUGGGCUCCAUCAUUGUUGCGUUCUUUGAGCCUGUUGCAGCAGGAAGUGGUAUUCCUCAAAUUAAAUGUUACCUGAAUGGAAUAAAGAUUCCUAGAGUGGUUCGUCUGAAGACCCUGCUGGUAAAGGUGUUUGGUGUUAUCUGCUCAGUGGCCGGGGGUCUUGCUGUUGGAAAGGAAGGGCCUAUGAUUCAUUCUGGUGCUGUUAUAGCUGCAGGUGUUUCUCAGGGCAGGAGUACAUCUUUGAAGAGAGACUUCAAGAUCUUUGAAUACUUCCGGAGAGACACAGAAAAGAGAGACUUUGUUUCUGCUGGAGCUGCUGCUGGAGUUUCAGCUGCGUUUGGAGCACCAGUUGGUGGAGUUCUGUUUUCUCUAGAAGAGGGAGCUUCUUUCUGGAACCAGAUGCUGACGUGGAGGAUAUUCUUUGCCUCCAUGAUCUCCACCUUCACCUUGAACUUCUUCCUUAGCGUCCAUCACAACACUCCUGGAGAACUUUCCAGCCCAGGUCUCAUCAACUUUGGACGCUUUGACAGUGAAACCAUGACCUAUAACCUCUAUGAGGUACCGUUGUUUAUUGCAAUGGGAGCAAUUGGUGGAUUGCUGGGAGCACUGUUCAACUUUCUCAACUACUGGCUGACUAUUUUUAGAAUUAGGUACGUUCAUCGUCCAUGUUUGCAAGUGAUGGAGGCCAUGUUGGUUGCUGCGGUGACGGCGAUGGUGUCCUUCACCAUGAUGUACUUCUCCAAUGACUGUCAGCCUCUGGACUCAAACAGCUCUGAGGACUACCCACUUCAGUUGUUCUGUGCAGAUGGAGAAUAUAACUCCAUGGCUACAGUCUUUUUUAACACUCCUGAAAAAAGUGUCCGCAGUCUCUUCCACAACCAGCCAGGAACCAGCAGUCCUCUGACGCUGGGCUUGUUCACUCUGACCUACUUCUUCCUGGCAUGUUGGACCUACGGCCUGGCAGUGUCUGCUGGAGUCUUCAUCCCUUCGCUGCUAAUAGGAGCAGCCUGGGGCAGAUUGUGUGGAAUCCUGCUGGCCUCCAUCACCCACUCCUCUGACUCGAUGUGGGCUGACCCUGGUAAAUAUGCCUUAAUUGGAGCUGCGGCCCAGUUAGGUGGCAUUGUGAGAAUGACUAUCAGUUUGACUGUCAUCAUGAUGGAAGCGACAGGAAAUGUCACGUACGGCUUUCCCAUCAUGCUUGUACUUAUCACUGCAAAGAUAGUUGGGGACUACUUUGUUGAGGGUUUAUAUGACAUCCACAUCAAGCUACAGAGUGUUCCCUUCCUGCACUGGGAGGCUCCGGCCACCUCCCACUGGUUGACUGCCAGGGAGGUGAUGAGUUCUCCGGUCACGUGUUUGAACAGGAUAGAGAAGGUGGGGACCAUCGUGGACAUCCUCAGCAACACAUCUACGUGUCACAACGGCUUCCCCGUUGUCGUGCAGGUCGCCAAUAGUGAUGAGCCUGCGAAGCUCUGUGGCCUCAUACUCCGCUCGCAGCUCAUUGUUCUUCUCAAGCACAAGGUGUUUGUGGAGCUGGCUCGAUCCCGACUGACCAUGAGGAAGCUCCAGCUGAAGGACUUCCGGGACGCCUACCCCCGAUUUCCCCCGAUCCAAAGCAUCCAUGUCUCCCAGGAUGAGAGGGAGUGUAUGAUGGACCUGACGGAGUUCAUGAACCCAACGCCUUAUACGGUGCCAGAGGAAACAUCUUUGCCUCGUGUGUUUAAGCUGUUCAGAGCUCUGGGACUCAGACAUUUAGUGGUGGUGAAUGAUGAGAACAAGGUGAUUGGACUGGUGACCAGAAAGGACUUGGCCAGAUAUCAUAUGGGCAAGCAUGGACUGGAGGAGCUUCAGCUGGCUCAGACAUAGUGUACACACACAAACACGCACACACACCCACGAACUAUGACCACCCGAUGCCUCGCUAAGCUGUCGAGCUCCAGCUAUGCAGCCCAAAUGGACACCGUCAAGGACCAAGAGGUCAGUUUUAUACGUUGAUGCCAAACCCGUCACCAUGACAACACAAGGUGACCCCGUCACAGGCCCGGGAGAUCAACAAAAAGGCAUUUUGAAUGUGUUACUUACUCUUAGUGUAACAAUUCAAAGAGAAACACACAAGCUUGCACCAUUAAAUGUGUUGAUUGGUUCACUUUGAUAAAUUGGAGCUUCCUCAUUUUGUUAUCAUUACUGUUUUUCUGGUGACGCAUCAGUUUCCACUCUGUGUGUGUGUGUGUGUGUAGUUUCUUUCUGUUUUCUGUUGCUACUCUUUUACUGUUGGUUUGCCACUGGAAGAGGAAAACAACAGGUGUGAAUAAUAAUACAUUUGAUUCCUUCUAGCUGCUCUAUUGACUAUCUGCCCUUUCUGGGACAGGUUCUGACUCAGCAUCAUGGGAACAAUUAAUAUUAGUUCUCUUAUGGUGUUUUAAUGCAGCGAUAUGUUAAAUAUAAUUUACAAAAUUCACAAUUUUACAGACAGUCCUGAUAAAUGUUUUUUCUGUUGGACUAAACCAGACUCUUGCUCACUUUGAAGAGUCAGUCUACAAUGUCAACAAAUGAAGUAUUUUAAAUUUGCAUGUGAUUUUUGCACUGAAGCGUUAUUUAUUGUUGAUCUCAAAUGGAGGUUUUAACCUGAGGUUUACGGACCGGACUCAUUUGCUCUCAGGCAGACUUUUGUUUGUCUUUUACAAGUUUUAAAGGUAAGGAGAAGAGUCUUUUAUGGGUGAAGAGAGUGAAGACAUUGUCAGACAGAAAUCCUAUUUUAUCAUCUUAUCCGCUUUUCUGAGCAAAUCGAUACCUGUGUAUUUUUACUACUGUAUGUAUUGAUACUCCUCUAUUAACAUGUUUUUAUCACCACCAGAUGUUUGCACUUUUAGCCACUACUGACACAAGUGUCCCUUAUGAAGCUCCAUGUGAAUGUAAACUUUAGUUUGUGUUUUUUAGUUUAACAGGUUAAUUGUGUGGACAAAUCAAAGUAUCGCACAAGACUUGUGUGUAUUAUGUUCAUAGGUAAAUCUAAUAUUUCCUCAUAGUGUUUAUUGUUGUGCACUUUUUUUUUUUACAUUUGAUUUUGUCUUGUCUGUGCCGUUUGUUUUCUUGUGAAGUUCUAGGUGUUGAACCAUUGGAUCAGCCUUUUGUGAUUGAAUAAAGUAAAAAUAAAAAAGUUUUA